AUGUUGAAUGGUCGGCUACCGCUGUUGCGACUGGGCAUGUGCAGAAAUAUUAUGUCACGUCCUCGUUUGGCUAAACUACCAUCCAUAAAGUUUCGAUCUUUAGUCACCCCUUCCUCAUCGCACCUCAUCCCUAUCAAUCGCUUGUGCAUUCGGUCUCCCACUGUUGGAAAAUCACUACUUUUACAAUUUUCCAGAUAUAAUUCAUCCAAAACAGAGCCUGUGGCUCUUCUAUCUUCAUCCUCCUCUGCCUCUAAAGACUCAGUGAAGCCAGCGCGCCCACCGCAGCGGUCCAAAACCGAUGAUUAUAAAGAUAUAAUAAGGCUAUUCAUGUUAGCAAAACGUGAUUGGAAACUACUUCUUACAGCCAUACUUCUUUUGACUAUAUCAUGCUCUAUAGGAAUGUCUAUUCCUAAAGUCAUAGGUAUUGUUCUUGAUACCCUUAAGACCUCAUCUGGCUCGGAUUUCUUUGAGCUGAAAAUACCUAUAUUUUCUCUACCACUAUAUGAGUUUCUUUCCUUCUUUACCGUUGCCUUACUGAUUGGAUGUGCUGCUAAUUUUGGUAGAUUUAUAUUAUUGAGAAUAUUAAGUGAGCGUGUUGUCGCACGUCUAAGAGCACAUGUCAUUAAAAAAACACUUCAUCAAGAUGCUGAAUUUUUCGACAACCAUAAAGUUGGGGAUUUGAUUUCUCGUUUAGGGUCCGAUGCGUAUGUUGUUUCCAGGUCAAUGACUCAAAAGGUCUCGGAUGGGGUCAAAGCGCUUAUUUGUGGUGUUGUUGGCGUGGGAAUGAUGUGUUCCUUGUCACCUCAAUUAUCGAUACUGUUGUUGUUCUUCACACCACCGGUUCUUUUCAGUGCAUCAGUGUUUGGGAAGCAAAUUAGGAACACCUCCAAAGAUCUUCAAGAAGCCACUGGUCAAUUGACCAGAGUCGCUGAAGAACAACUUUCUGGCAUUAAGACAGUUCAAUCAUUUGUUGCCGAAGGUAAUGAAUUAUCUAGAUACAAUGUUGCGAUUAGAGAUAUUUUCCAAGUAGGAAAAACAGCAGCAUUCACAAAUGCCAAGUUUUUCACUACAACUAGUCUCUUAGGCGACCUAAGUUUCUUAACAGUCCUUGCCUAUGGCUCUUAUCUUGUUUUACAAUCGCAGCUAUCCAUUGGUGAUCUUACUGCCUUCAUGCUGUAUACUGAAUAUACAGGAAAUGCAGUAUUUGGCCUCUCUACCUUCUACUCGGAAAUUAUGCAGGGCGCUGGUGCCGCGUCCAGGUUAUUUGAGUUAACGGAUAGGAAACCGUCUAUUUCUCCCACGGCGGGACACAAAUAUAAACCGCACCGUGGUGUCGUUGAAUUCAAAGACGUUUCGUUCAGUUAUCCCACAAGACCUUCUGUUCAAAUUUUCAAGAAUUUAAAUUUUAAAAUUGCGCCAGGCUCGAGUGUUUGCAUCGUGGGUCCCUCGGGACGCGGUAAAUCUACAAUAGCGCUAUUGCUGCUAAGAUAUUAUAACCCUUCGACAGGGACCAUUAUGAUAGAUGAUCAAGAUAUCACCAAAAUGAACUGUAAGUCCUUAAGAAGGCAUAUUGGCAUAGUGCAGCAGGAGCCGGUGCUUAUGUCAGGUACAAUUCGAGACAACAUCACUUAUGGGCUGACAUAUACUCCAACAAAGGAAGAAAUUAGAUCGGUGGCAAAACAAUGCUUCUGUCACAAUUUCAUCACAAAAUUCCCGAACACAUACGAUACUGUGAUCGGUUCUCGUGGUACCUUAUUGAGUGGUGGGCAAAAACAACGUAUUGCCAUUGCAAGAGCUUUGAUCAAAAAGCCAACUAUUUUGAUCCUUGAUGAAGCUACAUCAGCUUUGGAUGUUGAAAGUGAGGGCGCCAUUAAUUAUACGUUUGGCCAUCUAAUGAAAUCAAAAUCGAUGACUAUAAUCAGUAUCGCACACAGAUUAAGUACUAUCAGGCGAUCUGAAAAUGUAAUUGUUCUUGGCCAUGACGGAUCGGUGGUAGAAAUGGGCAAAUUCAAAAAAUUGUAUGCAAAUCCAACGAGUGCUUUAUCGCAAUUACUCAAUGAAAGAGCCGCUCCUGGACCAUCAGAUCAACAGCAGCAAAUAGAGAAGGACAACGAAAAUGAGGAAUCAACCGAGGAAAAGGCUCCUGAUCACUCGAACAAAAACGAUAAUGAUGAUAAUGAUAACAAUCAUGAUAAUGACAGCAAUAAACAAUCCCAGGAGGUGACGCAUAAAAAUUCAGAUGAUAUUGAAGAAUCCGUUGAACACCUCUUGAGGGACGCGGCAAAGGAGGCAACCCCUAUCAAGCUCACACCACAACCAUGA